UCCCCUUGUGGCUUCAACGGUCACUAGCUGGUUGAUAAAAUAUGAAAUGGAAGCUAUACAGAUCACAUUGCAACAGCUUUGAAAGAACACCAAAGGGAAGGUGCCAGAAAUGGAGCAGCCCCCAAUUCUGGGCUUCUUCCUACUUGCCCUCUUGGCUGCCCAGGUGGGCUCUGGUGCCACCUUACACAGUUGGAUUGUUGGAGGGCACGAAGCCUCACCACAUUCCCGACCCUAUGCAGCAGCUCUGAAAGUGCAUGGACAUUUUAACUGUGGUGGCUUCCUGGUGGCCCCUCAAUGGGUGAUGACUGCAGCUCACUGCAAUGGAGACAUCCUUGUCAUUCUGGGAGCUCAUGAUCUGAAUGCUGUAGAAGACACACAGCAGGUGUUCAGGGUUGAAAGCGCCCAUGAACAUCCAGACUACAAGAUUUAUUAUGGAACGCCAUACAAUGACAUCCUUCUUCUUAAGCUGGAUCGUGAAGCCAAGCUUAACAAGUACGUUCAAGUAAUUCCUUUACCACAGACUGAAAAGGAUCUCCCCAAAGACACAGAAUGUAUCGUGGCUGGCUGGGGACGCAUUGAUGACCGGUUGGAAGGCUCAACAAAGCUUUUUAUGACCCACGUCAUCCUCCCUGGCCGCAGGAAGUGCCUGCAGCUUCUCCCAGAACUCACCAAUGGGAUGGUUUGUGCAGGAAGCCGUUCCAAGCUCUGCGAUGUCAGCAACGGGGAUUCGGGAAGUGCUCUGGUCUGCAAUGGAGCUGCACAUGGGGUCGUCUCCUUUGGCUUCCAUGUGCCACCAUCAUUUUACACCCGUGUUUCUGCCUACCUUCCUUGGAUCAGAAAGGUUAUGGGAAAAGUUCCGGAAAGGCAAGACCCACCUGCCUAAUGAACUGCCUGCAAGUCAUUCAGAGUCCUGCCUCCCCUGCUGAUGAAAGUUAUGCCAACCAAUUCAUAGACAAAUGAGUGUUCUUGGGGGGGUGGCAGACUACCUUGUUCACAUAUGAAUGCUAACCAGGCAGUACCUUCUUUAACUAGCUGUUGUUACCAACUCUCAGGAUCCAUACACUCUCAUACUCCGUCCUGGAGAAAAAUGCAUUUGUACAAAAUAGAAGCUAAGUAGCCCCGCACUGGCGAACAAAUACUAUAAAACAAAGUUUGAGUCCAGUGGCACCUUUUUAAGACCAACAAAGUUUAAUUCUGUGUAUAUGGGAAUAAUUAAACUUUGUAGGUCUUAAAGGUUCCACUGGACUCUAACUUUGCUCUGUUGCUUCAGACUGAAACAGUUGAAUCUAUCUAGAAAUAUUAACCAGGACAUUAUUAACCUAUCUAGAAAUAUUCUUUAAACAUAAGCUUUGAUCAGCAGUGCAGCUACCAGGUUGCACUAGGUAAUCAGAUGUUACUUUCUCCCCAACAUUUUCGCACAUACCAAUAUGCAUCCCUCUGGCUGCAGAAAACUGGCUUUCCAUUCUUUUUGGUGUAGGAUCCAAGAAAUAAACCAUCUCUGCAAAUGUG